CGAGCAGUCUCUGGACUCUGGGAACCGUUCUUGAGACAGAAAUGUAAUUACACUAUGGCACUUCUGAACAUUCGUUUCUGUAUCAAUUGAUUGCGAGCCCGCGGGGCUUCGCUCUCGAGUGGCUCAGAGGGAUGGCUUCUAUUUUCCGAACGGUUUCUUUCACGGCUUGCAGGACGGAUGCUUUGCUCAGUAGAAGGAUAUAUGCAAGUCGAAUAUCUAUUACAGGAGCUGCUGCUUUUCACACAGCUCUACAAUUGACCUCACGACAUACGCAGCGACCGUCUCAACAAAACCGGGCACACCCAUCACAGACAUCCUCGAGACCCAUCCACACCUCACAGCCUCUGCAAUCAAAUUCAAAGUUCUCCUACGGCAUAGCAGCCUCCUUCUCCGCAAAAGAUGAGCGCUACAACCCAGACGCAAACGUCUUCAACUUCAACCCCUACAAUCGGAUCCUCGCUCGUCGAAAAGACACACGGACACGCCCCCGCUCAGGCCAAGAUGCCUUCUUCAUCUCCCGAGUCAAUAAUACACCAGACGUUGCGUUUGGGAUCGCAGAUGGUGUAGGAGGGUGGGCAGAUUCUGGUGUGGACCCAGCAGACUUUGCUCAUGGAUUUUGCGAUUAUAUGGCGCAUGCGGCGUAUACAUAUAAAGCAGCAGAAUGGAAUGGUGGGAUGGGAGCUAGAGCCUUGAUGCAAAGGGGAUAUGAGGAUAUCUGUCGGGAUGACAAUGUGCUUGCUGGUGGGAGUACUGCCUGCGUUGGUAUUGCGAGAGGAGAUGGCGGAUUGGAGGUGGCGAAUCUGGGGGAUUCGGGGUAUGUGCAGUUGAGGUUGAAUGCGAUUCACAGUGCUUCGGAACCGCAGACUCAUGCGUUCAACACCCCGUACCAGUUGUCGAUUGUCCCGGAGAAGGUGCUGGCUCAAGCAGCAGCGUUUGGGGGCGGACAGCUCAGGGACUUCCCGAAGGAUGCGAAUGUUAGCCACCAUGAGUUGAGACAUGGGGAUGUGAUUGUCUUUGCUAGUGAUGGAGUCUGGGACAAUCUUUCAAGUCAGGAGAUCUUAAAGGUUGUGAGCAGGAUUAUGAUUGGUGUUGGGGCUUGGGAACAUACAGAGGAUGGGGUCAAUGUUGGGAGAAGCUUGAAUCAGUUUAUACUUGCUGAUGAUGGGAAGAGUGGCGCGGAGGAGAUACCCAGCUUGCAGAGCUUCUUGGCUGUGGGGAUUACGGGGGAGGCAAAGGCUGCGAGUGUGAAUACGAAGAAAGACGGCCCGUUUGCCAGGCAGGUACAGAAAUACUACCCGUAUGAGAACUGGAGGGGCGGGAAGAUGGAUGAUAUUUGCGUGGUUGUUGCUGUUGUAUGCGAGGAGGGGAAAUAAGACUUCAUGGAAAGUGAAGUAUAGGUUGUAGGAUAUUGCAUAUCUGCCAGGUAGCAGACUUUGUAUCACUAUCAUAUGCUAUAGAAUAGGAAGCUGCAAUAGUAACUCAAAUGGAGCGUGGAGCGACAUUGGCCGGAAGUCAGCUGCAGACUAGACAGUCAAAUGGGAGAGUGGUUGAUUCAGCUAGGCCUGCGUUUAGCAGUCUCCAGCCUACAAGUGUUGGAACCUCUAUUCAAGGCACUUUUCCUUCUACAAAUCGUUCAUGAGAUGCUCUUGCCUCAAAUGAGGUACCGACGGAGUGUGUACUAAUUAAGAAACCUCAUUUUGCCAUGCCG